CUUAUUGGUGGUUUCUGUUAAUGCACCAGCAGAAUCAAUUUCAAUCCCUGCCGAGCGAUGGAUGUCGAACAGGGGACGAAUCGUUGGAGGGUCGAACAUUGUGAUAGAAGAAGCACCUUAUCAGGUGCUGUUGCUGAAGGCCCAGACUCCAUUCUGUGGGGGAACCAUCAUCUCGAAGGAGUGGAUCGUUACGGCCGCACAUUGCAUGGCUCGUGCAUCCAACAAUAUGGUGAUUCGUGCCGGAUCUUCGUAUUCGAAACGUGGGGGCUCUACACAUGGGAUCAGGGAAACAAUUAUUCACGAAGGGUUCCACGUCAACGGAUAUGGAGUUAACGUGGACGACAUCUGCUUGGUGCGACUGAACACCCCUCUGAGCCUGGAUAGUACCAGAAGACCCAUCGCCAUGUUCGGGAGAUGGGAAAGGAUUUGGCCUGGAGCUUUUGGCGUCGUCAGUGGAUGGGGUAAUCUCGAAGAGCGAGGAUCCUCCUCGGAAGUCCUGCGGAUGGUCCAGGUACCCGUUCUCUCGAAGAGGUUCUGCAAUCGAGCUUAUUCCUUCCUCCAAGGGAUCACAGUCGGACAAAUCUGCGCUGGAUUCAGUGAAGGAGGGAAAGAUGCUUGUCAAGGUGAUUCCGGUGGUCCUCUUGUUGUUGGUGGUCGUCUCGCUGGGGUCGUCUCCUGGGGGAAAGGAUGUGGUCGACGUCGACUUCCUGGGGUCUAUUCCGAAAUCGCGUAUUAUAGAGAUUGGAUUAAGCAAAAGUCUGGAGUGUGA